UACAGCACAGCAACAUGGCCUGCUUGAAUCUUCAGGUGCUUAUGACAUUGUCUCUACUUUCCACGUCCUCUAUCAACACAUGCUUUAGUAUGGGGCAUGCUGGCACCUGUCGGCCUUUCUGCAUUGGGAGCGACUGCUUGGUUAUCAGCCAAGACAAACUGGAUUUUAAAACAGCUGAAGAAAGAUGUCAAGCCAGGAGAGGAGAGCUGAUGACACUUCAGUCAGCAGAAGAUAAGAGAUUGCUUGAUAUCGUGAAACAAGAACUAGAUGGAAACUUCUGGCUUGGACUCUAUUUACCAACUAAUGCCUGCAGCAACCUCUCAGUUCAUAUGAGAGGCUAUGAGUGGACCUCCGACAAAGGGCACAGAGACUUUGUUCCCUCUUACAUCGCCUGGAAAGAUGACAUUCGAGUCUGUUCUCCGAGCUGUGUCUCACUUUCAAAUGAGCAAAAGCUCAGAGAGUGGUCAUGCUCAGAUAAAAUUGACGGAUUCCUGUGCAGAACCUUCCACAAAGAUGCAUGCCGGGUCCAAGAAUUAUCGGAUGUAACAUUUUUUCGGAGUUUGAAGGGAUGCUCAGAUAGUCCAUGUGAGCAAAAGUGCACUCCCGUAAAAGACGGCUUCAAAUGCUCUUGUUUCACAGGAUAUGCACCGGACAGCAAGAAUCCUAGGAGGUGCAAACUCCACUGUGCAAAGGAGAGAUGCCCCGCCAACUGUGAGAGAAACACAAACAGUGCUUGCUUCUGUCCUGAAGGCUUCAUCAUAAAUGGCAAAUUCUGCGACGACAUAAAUGAGUGCUUGAUGGGCGAAUGUGACCAAGAGUGUAAAAACACAUUUGGAAGUUUUGUCUGCGCCUGUCAAGAAGGUUAUGUACUAAGACAUGAGGUGAAAUGUGUAAAAGCGGUCAAUGAACAUUUUGUCAUAACCACUCCCUCUGUCAGAAGUUAUGCCAAGGCUGACAAUGACACUAUGAAAGGUUCCUCUCUUUCCGCAGGCACAUUUAUUUGGAUGUGGAUUUUAGCUGCGUUGGCUGUGGUUGUGAUUAUUUGUGUUGGAAGAUUUUAUGUGAUCAGGCGCCAGAAGCACAGAGAGCAAAAUGCCAACCAAGGGUCGAGUGCCCCAGUGGAAAAUACUUAGGGCCUUAUUUUCUUGGAUGGCGUAAAUCUGGCGCAGAGUUGCGCUGCUCCUGAUUUACGCCAUUAGUGGGUUAGACCGGUGUUACACCGGCAAAUCUGUUACUGGGGGGGGGGGGGACUGUGCCACUGUGGCACAGUCAUUCAUUUGCCUCCAAUCAACUUCAUUUUCCUCCAAUCAAAGUGGCUGAUCUCAUUCCCUUUAAAUGUGGCACAAUGAAGUGAGUAGAACAUUGUCACCUCUGGCCCGUGUGGCAACAGACAAUGUGAGCGAGUAUAUGAAACGAGCUGGUGAUAACAGCUAGUGAGUUGAAUAUGUCUACGGAGCUCAGGAUCUGUCUGCCUGCGCCCCGAUCAAAUUCACAAAAAUUGCCUUGCGCCAGAACUUAGACCUGGUCCGAGCAGGCUGAAACUUGGAUCCAGUUUCUGCCACCAAAUUGUCACUCCACCAGGCACAAUUCCAAGGACACUCCCUCUCCUGCACCGGUACGCUCAGCUUGGCAUUGACUUGUUUGCCAAAUUUGCCAAAAAGCCUUCCGCCUGCACGAAAAUCAGGAAACGGCGACAUUUGUGCCCCACCGCAGAUGCGCUGUCUGUACGAAAAUAGAGCCCUUAGUGUUGAAUACAUGUCAUCAAAUAUAUAUAUAUAUAUAUAUAUAUAUAUAUAUAUAUAUAUAUAACUUGUUUGUUUCUAUUCAUUUAGUGAUUGGAGUAUCAUUAUUUAACAAAGCUUCAAAUAUUUGGUUUUCCAGUGCAUACUGUAACAUGCACACAUUUUAAUUGUAUUACAUUUUUACAAUAUUAAACAUUUCAGUACUUUUUUUAACCCCAGUAACAUUUUCAAAAUGUUUUACACCAUGAUACCAUACCAUACUAUACCAUUAUAGUUACAUUACUACUACUACUAUUAUUAGUACUUGUACUACUACUAACAACAACAAUACUAAUAAUAAUAAUAAUUAUUAUUAUUAUUCAUCCAUUUUCUAUACUACUUAUCCUCAUUGGAGUCAUGGGUGAGCUGGAAACUAUCCCAACACCCUGAAGUGAUCGUCAACCAAUUGCAGGGCACAUAAAGACAAACAAACACUCACACUCACAUUCGCACAUUCAUUCAUUGAACUUACAGGAACAUGCAUGUUUUUGGAAUGUGGGAGGAAGCCGGAGUCCCAGGGAAAACUCACGCAACCACGGAUAGGACACGCAAACUCCACACAGAAAGCCUGGCGCCCAGAUUCAAAACUGUGAGACACUCAUUCGUCCGCUGUGCUGCCUUGAUAAUAAUCAUGACAAAACUGUAUAAGCGCAUUGAAAUAGUGGUUAGCACGUUAGCCUCAUAGUCAGGAAAUUCGGGUUUGACUCUCCAUCGGAACGUCCGUAUGUGGAGUUUGCGUGUUGCUGCUCUCUCUUUUCUCAUGCAAAUGAGCCGGCGUUGGGCCGAGUACUAACGGUUACCCGACAAUCCAUUUUCGAUACUUUUUGUCCUCCGCAGGUAACGGCAGCCUAUCCCAGCUGACUUUAGGCGAGAGCUUGGGUAAACCCUGGACUGCUCGACAGCAGGGCGCCCAUAUCGACAAUCGAACACUCACACUACAUUUACACCUUCGAUUAAAUUAAAAGCCUGUUUUUGGAAUAUGGAAGGAAACCAGUAAGCUCCACAAAAAGAUGUUUCAAACGCAGAACUCCUAAAUGUGAAGCACACAUGCAACCACAAUUUCACCAUGCUACUACAUUGACAGAUGUAAUCAGUACAGUAUUUGUGUUGUAUGUUUAGUGGUACAAAUAUUUUAUUUGAGGAGAUUUUGGAAGCAAAUUGUCAUUUUAUGAAUUUACUAUGAUUGGGAAUGUAUGCAUUAUACACUCUUGUAUUAGGUCUGUGGGAACACUGCUUCUGCUCCGAAGUAUUAAAGCUGCUACAUUUCUGUUAACUCAAUUUGAAAUGUCACUAUCGUCUUCAGAGUGGGAGACACAUUGUUAUUACAGACUAGUGAGUGAUGUAAGACUGUCAUUACUUAAGAUGGGAACCAUUGGGCCUCAUUCACUAAUAAAUGCAUCGAAAUAUUCUCACACUGUACGCAAUUUGAGUGUAUACGCAAGAUCAUACGCAAUCUGCAUAACCGCGCCCCUGUUUUCCUGUAAAAGGUGAGCCGAUGCACACACGAGAUUAAA